AUGAGUGUUCGGACCCCACCACGACUCCUGGAGCUGGCAGGGGCCAGCCUGCUGAGGGACAACGAGGCCUCAGCCAUCGCUGCUCUGGAGUACCUGCCCGCCGAGCUCUUCCCAUCUCUGUUCCUGGAGGCCUUCUUUGGGAGACACAGCGAGACCCUGAAGGCCCUGCUGCAAGCCUGGCCCUUUGUCCGCCUGCCUCUGGGGGGCCUGAUGCACAUGCCUCAGGAGGAGACCUUCCAGGCAGUGCUGGAUGGGCUCGAUGUCCUGCUGGCCCAGAAGGUUCACCCCAGGAGGUGUAAACUACAGGUGCUGGAUUUACGGAACACUGGCCGGAACUUCUGGAGCAUGUGGUGCGGAGCCAGGGCCCGCGUGUGCCCAAGCCCGUGCAUGGUAUCAGCGGCUGAGGACAGUUUAGAGACAGAGCAGCCCUUGGCUUCUUCCUUGAAGGUGUUCAUAGAACUUUGCCUCAAUGAAAGGACCAUGGAUGGAUUCCUCACCUACCUCCUCAGGUGGGCAGAGGAGAGGAAAGAUUCCAUACACCUGUGCUGCAAAAAGCUGAAGAUCGUUUCAAUGCCCGUGGAAAAUAUUGGGAAGGUCCUGAGCAUGGUGCGGCUGGACUGCAUCCGGGAGGUGGACGUGUGCUGUUCCUGGCGUCUGCCCACCCUGGCCGGGUUCGCUUCUCUCCUGGGCCAGAUGACUCGUGUGCAGAGUCUCCUUCUCUCCCACGUCCACGUGUCUGCCUUUGAGGAGGAGGAGCAGGAGCACAUUGUCCAAUUUACCUCUCAGUUCCUCAGGCUGCACCACCUCCGGGUUCUCUACAUGGAAUCUCCCUCUUUCCUUGAAGGCCGUCUGGACCAGAUGCUCAGGUGCCUGAUGACCCCCUUGGACAACCUGGCAAUAACCAACUGCCUGCUAACAGAACUGGACUUGACCUACCUGUCCAAGUGCCAGAACAUCAGUCAGCUAAAGGCCCUGGAUCUGAGUGGGGUCAGCCUGACCAACUUCAGUCCUGAGCUGCUCCAAGUUCUGCUGGAGAAAGUUGCAGCCACCCUGCGGGAACUGUACUUAAAUAAGUGUGGGAUCAUGGACCCCCAACUGGAGUCCAUCCUGCCCGCCCUGAGCCGCUGCUCCCAGCUCAGUUAUUUCAGUGUGCUUGGGAACCCGCUUUCCAUGGCCGUCAUGGGGAAGCUGCUGCGACGCACAGCCGGGCUGCCCAGGUUAAGUCAAGAGCUCUACCCCGUCCCCCAGGAGAGUUACAGCUCUCACGGAGUUCUCCACCCGGGGAGACUUGUCCAGUUUCAAGCUGACCUGCUGGAGAUUCUGAGAGUCUUAGGACGUCCCCGGACCAUCUGGAUUAGUGCCAGCCCCUGUCCUCACUGCGGAGAUAACACCUUCUAUCAUGCUGAACCCAUCGUGUACCGCUGUAGCACGCCUGCCUAG